UGGGCCCGCUUGUGAUCAAUAUGUCCACGUGACCUCUCGUUGGUCAGUCGAGACUCGCGUAAUUGCAAAUGCAAAAUGUCUGAAGGAACGCUUGUGUUAAAAUGAAGUCAUAAUAUUUUGUUAACAGUUUGUAGUGUUCUAGUGUAAAAUGCCUGCGUCAAUUGGUGUUAAUUUACGUGUGACGGGCCAUUGUAGCCAAGGCGGGAGAAAGUAUAUGGAAGAUUUGUUUUCCGUUGCGUAUCAACAAACCGAGGACGAGAGAGAUUUGGAGUAUGCCUUCUUUGGAAUUUACGAUGGGCACGGCGGGAGCGAGGCCGCAGCUUUCGCGAAGGAGCACUUGAUGGACUCUAUUGUGAAGCAGCGUCAGUUCUGGUCGGAUAACGACGAAGAUGUGCUGAAAGCUAUCAGGAAUGGUUACAUGCUGACCCACAUGAACAUGUGGAAAGAGCUAGAGAAAUGGCCAAAGACUGUGACAGGAUUACCAAGCACCGCUGGCACUACAGCCAGUGUAGCUUUUAUAAGACGAGGGAAAAUAUACAUUGGCCAUGUUGGGGAUUCUGCAAUUGUUCUUGGUUACCAGAAAGAAGGGAGCGAGGAAUGGGCUGCCAAGCCCUUAACAUCAGACCACAAACCCGAAUCCACAGCAGAAAUGGAACGCAUCCAAAGAUGCGGUGGCAAAGUGGUCUCCAAAGCAGGAGUACCCAGAGUUGUAUGGAACAGACCCCGCCAGGGCCACAAAGGACCUAUCAAGAAGAAUACCCCAAUGGAUGAGAUCCCGUUCUUGGCUGUGGCCAGGUCCUUGGGUGACCUGUGGAGUUAUAACACACAUAAUGAUGAGUUCAUAGUCAGUCCGGACCCAGAUGUGGGAGUGCUGACUAUAGACCCUACUAAAUUUAGGUGCCUAAUAUUCGGAACAGACGGUCUAUGGAACAUGAUAUCACCAGAGGGUGCUGUGAGCCUAGUGCAGGCGACGGAGAGACACAACGAGGCAGCACUCGUUGGUGGCUCUGCUAACCAGCCGAGAGACUGGCUGAACCCGUCGAAGAGCUUAGUUGACCAUGCUCUUGAGAGAUGGUCCAACACGCGCAUGCGCGCCGACAACACGUCCGUGGUGACGCUCAUGCUGGACCCGCCCGGGCCGCCGCGCGCCACCGUGCUGCGCGCGCGCUCGCGGCCCGCGGCGACGCCCGCUCCGGCCCUCACGUCGGCCCCGCCGCCGGAGGAGCCCGACACGAGGGCUGUGCCGCAGAACGGGCUCACCAUCAUGACUAGAUACUCCGAUGUGGACAGUAAUAAGCCUGCUACCCCUGAGACCACUGAAAGCAGCAGAACACCCCUACCUCCGUGUGCAACCCUCGACGGGCGCUUCUCAACCGGCAGCGACGAACGCGGCGAAAAGCGCGAGCAGGACAGCGACGCGAUCGCCAACUACGGGAACCCCGCCGAGUCCUACUUCAUGGCUCGGCUUCUCCAGCGGUCCAGGCUAGUUAACACUCUGUCCUCGGUCACGAAGGAGCUGGCCGGCGAGAAGAGGGAGGAACCCGAACCGGAGCCGGCCACAGUGCUUUCGGAGCCCGAGUUGGAGAAGACGCUGCCGCCCGACGUGCCCGUCGACCCCCCGUCGCCCGCGGUGGAGGAGCCGAAGACCGACGGCGACGACGUCAGUAUACAGAUCAACGAGGUAUCCUCCAGCUCGCCGACGGAGGCCCCGCCGCGGCCGCGCGGCCGGCGACCGAAGGCCGAGGCUCGGCGGGAUGCGCCGCCGCCGCCGGCCAACGACCGCGUGCUGCGCUCGCACGACGCCGAGGCCGCGCCGCGCCCGCAGACUCGGCAGGCGGGCGCCCGCGCUCGGCCCGCCGCCGCGCCGCCCGCCGACCGCGUCGUCAUCCUGAGCCGUCGCGCCGCGCCCGCACCCGCGCCCGCCGCGCCGCCCGACCGCGCGCCACCGCGCAAGCCGCCCGCCGAGCCCGAGCCGCGCGCCACGCGCUCCGCCGGCCCCACCCCCGCCGCCCCCCGCCCGCCCGCGCCGGGAAACUCGGCGCGCGGCCCGGGCCCGGUGCGGCGGGCCCCGGCGGCGCGCCGCCUCGCGCCCGCCCGCAGCCCGCCGCCGCGCGGCUGCUGCAAGGAGAACCGCGCCCGCGCCGCCGCGCCCGCUUCGCGUCGCUCGCCGCGCACCGCGGAUAGCGCGCCCGACCCCGAGGUGCACUCCACCACGCCGCCCGCCGCCGCCGACUGCCUGCGGGCGCGCGCGCUGCGCUCGCGCAACGACGCGGCGGAGCCGGCGCCGCCGAGCAAGGCGGGCAAGCGGCGCGCGACGCCGGAGGACGGCGGGACGCCGAAGGCGCCGCGGCUGGACGCGAGCAAGGCACGCCUCUCGGCGGGGGAGCGCGUGGCGCGCGCGCUCAACAAGCGCUCGUCGGGCCCGUGGGCGCCGGCGCUGGCGCUGCGCAACCGCCUGCGCCGGCGGCUCGCCAAGUGACUAGUGUAGCGUGUCGCGGUUACCUGUGAGUGCGGGGAUAACGGUGCCUUCUAGUACUGCCAAAGUACUCUUUGACUUUUCAUAUUUUAUCGCCCCGGCCGGGCGGGAUCCAAAGAUAACCGUCGUUGCCGGUUAAACUUCUGUUGUUGAUUUUUAUUUUUAGCGAUCCGCUCUCGGGGCCGCGGUCGACGCGCGGCGAACGAUAGUACAAAGAGUAUAUUGAAUAUAAACGUAAAUUUAACUCGUGGACCAGGCGGAAUGAAUGAGCCCCGAUAGAUAUUUAUUUUACACGUAUUUAUGGCCGAUAUCGUCCUGCAUUUAUCUUUAAGCGGGUGAAAAUUAAAUUUUCAUCACCGAGGCUCCACGUAACUUCACCGAACCUUAUGAAGCGCGAGUCAGAUAUAUAGUUACACCAUUAUUUUCGAGAUGUCGCGACGGGGGAACCUUUCGCAAUGAUAUAUAUUUACCCUUAAUUAUAAUAGUGAAAUUAUGCAUACUAUACCAAGAGUGCUUUUCUCAAAUAGUGUAGUAAAUUUAAUAAGAGUGCUAUAUAUAUAAUAUUUAUAUAUUUGAAGUGUACAGAAAAAUGUACAGUUUGAAACAAAAUUUUGGUUGACAUAAAAGGCAAUUUUUAGUUUUGAAGAAACUUAGUUAUUGUAGUUGUUAUUCUUUUAGGAAAAGAAUUCUUUUAUGUACUACCUUACUCACUUUAUCCUUCAGCAAUGAGAGUAGCUAGUUUGACUUAAAAUGACAUCUUAUUUUGUUACGGAAUUCUUAUUAAGAUAGACAUGUUAGACAUAUCCAUGUAUAUUGUAUUUGUCUUAAUGCGCCUUCCAUAUUGUUACUAGAAUUGUGUUUUCAGUUAGGACCUAGAGUACCUAGACCAAUAAAGUGAAAUAAGAGGAAUUAUUGGCUUAUUAAGCCACAGUCGCAGUUAAGAGAAAAAAGUAGAAACUUUUAUUAUUUUAAUAUAACCACCUUUAACAAUAUUGUUUAAUAUUUUAGGAGUACCUAUAAAUUGUUAAUUUAAAACUUUAUAUGUUAAUGAGUUACGUAUAUUAAUGAAUUGGAGUAUAUUUCAAUUAAGACUUAUGUGUUGUUACAUUACAAAAGCGAUCUACUUUUUUCUCUUGACUUAAUCCAGUAUAUUAGCUAUCUCAUACUGUUAACAGUAUAUAUAUUUCCAUAAAUAAUAAAAAAAACCUCAUGAUUCUUAUGAAAAACUAUAAAGCUUUGUAUACAGACCUGGUUGAGCAGAACACUGUGCAACAGGACUGGUUGAGCUCCAUAAAUGGUGAUGACGUCUCGUGAAUAUAUAUAUUUUUUGCUCAUUAAUGUUGUUUUAAAUGUAAUAUUGAUAGCUUAGUCAACACCCGGCUAUCGGUAAACAACAGCUAUCACUUUACUAGGAGUUUAUUAUUAUCACCGUACAAGUCGUACAACGUCUUGCGUUACGAGCAUUAUUGAUAUUGACGAACUCGUCAUAUAAUUUUGCUCUCCCUACCUUGAUACUGGCUAAAUUGUCCCAUUGGACAUAUACCAUCUUUUUUUAGUGAAGUGAGCAAGGACGGUAACAUUAGAUAACUUACCUAGUUACUGUAGCACAGUGUUGCUCUAGAAAAGUGAACUGCAGCAUGGAUGCACUUUAUGAGCAGCUUGUUGCACAUUUUUCGAUUUUCGAGACAUUUUGUUUAUGUAAAUAUAUUCACUGUCAACUGACUCAUCUGAUUUAUGUUAUAAUAAGUAUCGAUAAUUAUGUGAUGAUAAACCAUUGAUGUUUUCCAAAACCAAAACAGUUACGUUACGUUUGCGUACCGCAAUUUUGUUGACUAUACGUUUAUGAAUAUUUGUAACAUUUGACUAACCAACAUGUUAAUGAACUGAAUGUUCUGUAUUUUUUAAUGAUGAAUUUUAUCGUGUAACAGGGUUGCAGUGACGCACCGAUUUCAAAUCGUAUACAAAAUUUUUGCCAAAUCUUAAAUUUGUCUCAUGAAUAUGGAUCGUGAUUACCUUUUGUGUUGUUUUCUAGUGAAACUAACCGUGAAUCAUUCAAAACUGUUAUUGUCUAGUGAAUAUUGAAUGCACGUACUCGUUUAAGCAGUUAUAAAAACGUCUUGUGGUUUUUUUUUUACCAAGCUAAGGAGUAUGUACUAUGUUGAUCAUUAUUAGGUAGCUGCUUAAAGUCUGGAAACCAAUUUGUCCGUAGAUAAAAAUAAAAUAAAAUAUGAAAAAUUUGUAUGGAAGAACUACUACGCGCCUACAUUUAUUUGUCGCCUUUUUCUACUGAUAAAAACUGAUUUGCCAGCUUUAAAAGCUGCAUCCCAUAUAAGUAGCCUUUAAAAGCUACAUCCCACAAUGUGGACGCACUAAAAUCCGAUUUUGAGCGUUUUGUGACUGCUUAGUACUGUGAGAAGUUUUACAAGCGAUGUAUGUCUUUUCCAAGCGAUAGAAAGAUUUGUUUUGCCAAAAGCAAUAUCAUAUAUGGACCAAUAUCUACAUCUACAACUUAUACUCCAAUUAUUAAAUGUUCAAAUAAAACUCAACUUUAUAAAAGUAUUAAUGUGUGUGAAACGUAAAUAGGGAUGUGUCGAUCUUUUAUUAAUCGAUUACCUCAAAUUAUCGAUUAGUAUUUUCGUUGUGUGAAUAUAAUCGAUUAAUCGAACCAAGAUCGAGCGUCCCUAGUAAAUCUGUCGUCCUGGCAACCCAAAAAGCUGUGCGUAGGAGUACCUCAAAGGAAGUAAAAUGUAAUAAGAAAAUGUGCCUCAAUCGUUACCGACUUCACAAAAAAACAUAGGUAAAUAAAAAUAGUGUUCUUUAAUAAAUCAGAUAUGUAUUUUUAUUAAAAAAGUAAAGAUUAUGCAUUGUAAAUUAGCUGUAAAAGAAGAUUUAAUAUAAUUUGUUAAGCUUAUUGUCGAAAAUGUUUUAGAAAAGUUAAAGUUCGUCACUUGACCGUUAGCUUACGUUUUUUGUUAAUUACAUUUGUGCUUAAUUUGAUUGUGUUUGGUUAGGUAUGUGACGGAGUGUUAAGUUUACAAAAUAUAAAUAUCAAUUUUGUAAAACAUGGAGGGUAAUGAUGCCUUGGAACCGUAAGGAUUUGGCAAUGCUAAUAUUGUGAAGAAGCUAAAACAAAUUUUAUAACUAUACAUAUUAGUUAAAGGUAAAGGAUUAUUGUAGAUUUUAUUUUUUGAUUUGAAUAAAGUUUGUAAGAAAUAGAA